GAAUAGAGAGAAAACACUAAAAAUUGGAUCCAAGCGUUUAUCGGGACGCGGAUUAGAGGGACAACACCAAAAAUUGGAUCCAAGCGUUUAUAAAGACGUGGAUUUGAAGGAAAACACUGAAAAUAGGCAAGGAAUGAGUAAAAUAUCAAUAUAAAAAUGACAGUUAUAAGGACAGGUGUGACAAUGUUUGAGAGGGAUGUAAAUAAACCAUGUCUGUCAGACAUCAGGAUUGUAACAAACGUAAUUAAUAUUGAAUGUUCCACAGUAUCAGGAAAAGAUAGCAACUGAAAGUGUAUAAUCGUCUAUUGGGUCUGAAAUGUGUUGUUUGCUGUGACUUGUGAUCCCGAUCGCGUACCUAGGGUGGUAGUAUGGAGCUGAGUUCCCGCGGACUUCUACUGAUGACGUAUCUUCAUAUCUCCACUGGAUUCUCUGCAUGGAAUUCCAAACUUUUGUUUCCAACAUCGAUUGGACGCGAUGACAGGCAAAUGACGUCAUCAUAUGGGGUGGAGGCCGAGGCAAACAUUCAAAUAUCGAACCAGGAAAAUUCGAUCGGAGUAUUAAAGUCCAACCCUCAAAUACAUAAACAGACAUCAAUGAUACAAGCUGUUCACAAACGACCAAAUAAUGAAAGGUUGUUUAAGUGGAUUUCCGCUAGAACACGAAAGGUAUCUGCCGGAACUUCCGGAAACAAUGUCCUCCCGAACAUCGACAGCACCGGAAGUAGUGAUUCGGCACCAUCAACUUCACAAAAUGUUGAUAGUAUCUCUAAUGACGGCAUGUACGUGUCUAAAGAAGAAAGGAUUGACGAUCUGAAUAUUGUAAAUAAAAAUACGACAAUGUUUACAGAACAUACGCGGAUGAAACGAUCCACAAAUGGAACAGCUGCCGAGUCAACUUCUUUCAUGGACGACCCAAACAAGGUGGCGAUGUUUAUCGUUUUGCCACUUAUAAUAUUUGUUUAUGGAGGCUGCAUAUGUAUUUAUUGUGUACAUAAAUGUCAGGAUUAUGUCGAGAGAGUGGAACCCUUAAAGACUAUUAAACAGAAAGUGUUCGGGGUACCUCCAGAAGCACCCGAGCCUCAUAGCAGAAAAUGGAUGCAGCACUUCAUGAAACGACCGCGUCCGACAAGUUCACGAAGUCUACCUGAUCCGGAAAGUACCGAGCAAAAAGAAUUCGACACUAGGUCGAUAUUCUCCGACGCGGGUAUUUCUUAUUUUCGAGAUACUACAAAAGAUAGUGCGUUUUCUGAAAUGGAUAUAGAUUCCGGAGUUCAUUCCCAAGGAAGUCGCGCAAAUGAGAAAGUGAUUUACGUGAACGCUGAUUCUCCCGACAUUAAAAACCUGAAUGACUUCACAGUGGAAGUGAAACACGUCGAGACAUCAGAGAUAGCUGUCCAAACUGACGACAUCCACAUAACGACCAUUUCUACUGCCGACAUGGGAGUCGCUACUUGCGAGGCGGGCACGUCAAUGUACGAAAAGCCCCCACAAAGAAAGGCUAAGAAGAAAGAGAACAAAGUCGGCUCGAGGUAUCUCAGUUGGUUAAAAUCUGCGCGGGAACUGCGUGAGGUAUUGAACAACAAUACCGAGCCUCGAACACUGCAUCAAAUGCUUAAAAUAGCGGCAGAAGAACAUAAGCAGGGAGAAACUGUAUCUGAUUCAGAGGUGAAGCAACAAAAAGGGCAGAAAGUUGAAAGACAAGUAGAAACGAAACCAGCGCCUAAACGACAGAACAGUUCCCCUAUCAUCUCUGUGGAACCAUAUCAGAAUGAUGCCUCCUAUAUAUCUAUACAUAAGAAAAAGUCGAACUUAUUAAAGCAGCACGGAAGCUUUAAGGGGAUUUCAAACGCUGUCACGCCACUAGAAACUAGAUAUAAAAGCACAAGCACAUCGGCCUCCUCCUCCCGUGGCACGGAUUCACCACCAGGGGACGCUCCGCCGCCAUAUUACAGACUAGGAGAAACGAAGGGAAAUUCUUACAUGUCUAUGUAUAAAAAGAAACCUAUUGUUUCAAAGGAGGACAUGGGACGUGCAGGCUCAGGAGACGUCACCAAAUAUGUUGGAAUUAACAAUAGUGAUACAGAUUCCCUAAUGUAAUAUAUACAGACACAUUGGUGUAAGGUGAUACAGACACAUUGGUGUAAGGUAAUACAGACACACUGGUGUAAGGUGUCAGUGAUACAGACACACUGGUGUAAGGUGAUACAGACACACUGGUGUAAGGUGUCAGUGAUACAGACACAUUGGUGUAAGGUGUCAGUGAUAGAUACAGACACACUGGUGUAAGGUGAUACAGACACACCGGUGUAAGGUGUCAGUGAUACAGACACACUUGUGUAAGGUGUCAGUGAUACAGACACAAUGGUGUAAGGUGUCAGUGAUACAGACACACCGGUGUAAGGUGUCAGUGAUACAGACACACUGGUGUAAGGUGUCAGUGAUACAGACACACCGGUGUAAGGUGUCAGUGAUACAGACACACUGGUGUUAGGUGUCAGUGAUACAGACACACUGGUGUAAGGUGUCAGUGAUACAGACACAAUGGUGUAAGGUGUCAGUGAUACAGACACACCGGUGUAAGGUGUCAGUGAUACAGACACACCGGUGUAAGGUGUCAGUGAUACAGACACACUGGUGUUAGGUGUCAGUGAUACAGACACACCGGUGUAAGGUGUCAGUGAUACAGACACACUGGUGUAAGGUGUCAGUGAUACAGACGCACUGGUGUAAGGUGAUACAGACACACUGGUGUAAGGUGUCAGUGAUACAGACACACCGGUGUAAGGUGUCAGUGAUACAGACACACUGGUGUAAGGUGUCAGUGAUACAGACACACCGGUGUAAGGUGUCAGUGAUACAGACACACUGGUGUAAGGUGUCAGUGAUACAGACACACUGGUGUAAGGUGUCGGUGAUACAGACACACUGGUGUAAGGUGUCAGUGAUACAGACACACUGGUGUAAGGUGUCAGUGAUACAGACACACUGGUGUAAGGUGUCGGUGAUACAGACACACUGGUGUAAGGUGUCGGUGAUACAGACACACUGGUGUAAGGUGUCAGUGAUACAGACACACUGGUGUAAGGUGUCAGUGAUACAGACACACUGGUGUAAGGUGUCAGUGAUACAGACACACUGGUGUAAGGUGUCAGUGAUACAGACACACUGGUGUAAGGUGAUACAGACACACUGGUGUAAGGUGUCAGUGAUACAGACACACCGGUGUAAGGUGUCAGUGAUACGGACACACCGGUGUAAGGUGUCAGUGAUACAGACACACUGGUGUAAGGUGAUACAGACACACCGGUGUAAGGUGUCAGUGAUACGGACACACCGGUGUAAGGUGUCAGUGAUACAGACACACUGGUGUAAGGUGUCAGUGAUACAGACACACUGGUGUAAGGUGUCAGUGAUACAGACACACUGGUGUAAGGUGUCAGUGAUACAGACACAUUGGUGUAAGGUGUCAGUGAUACAGACACACUGGUGUAAGGUGUCAGUGAUACAGACACACUGGUGUAAGGUGUCAGUGAUACAGACACACCGUUGAAUGGUAUCAGAAACCCAAAUUGAUACUGUAAUUAUUUUUUGCAUUUCCUUGUUUGAUAAGGUCUGUGAUAGGGCACGUGUACACGUAAUUAUUACACUUAAGUUUGUUUAACUUUAUAUUAAACCUGCGUGAUAAUUUCCUCAGUGUGUUUAUGUUACUUGUAUAUCAAGUGAUAAAUGUUCGCUUAUUAUGCGAAAUUUUUAUUGUUUUAAAUUUGAUGUGAUAUUCAGAGUAUCAAACACGAUGCCCAUACUAUUUGCAGUGUUUUAUAUACAAUCAAAGUUCAUUAACCUACAUUUGUAAUUAACACGAAGCUUUCUUUACUUGAACCCUCCGUAACAUUAGAUAAACUCUCUGUAUUUGAACGUCAAUCAAUGGCUAAAGUGAAGCUAUAUGACAUGUCCUUUGUUAUUUUUUUUGUUUCAAAGAAUUGAAUGAAGAUUUAUUAAUGCGAGUAA